AUGAAGGAUGCUCUUUUCGCUGUGUCUGGUCGAGUGAUUCAAAUGAGGUGGUUAACCGCGUUAGUGGCAGCGUACUAUGUCACGUUUGGAUUUGCGUACGAUGAUGAAUUCGUUACAUGUGGAUCCGUAUUGAAGCUUUCUAACGUGAAUGAGGGUUCUCGACUGCAUUCUCAUGAUGUUAAAUACGGGAGUGGCAGUGGCCAACAGUCGGUCACUGCUGUCACGGCUUCUGAUGACCACUCAAAGAGAAGUGCCAUCGAGGAGAUCCAAUCAAAUGCGGCGACAAGAUUCGCCUUAAACAUCUCACCUCCGGAUGCUUUUUACACACCCAUCAUUUCCAAGCGCCUCUAUCUAAGCAUUAUC